GACAAUGCACAAUAAUUUAAUGAAAAGAUAUGAAAAAGAAGUAAAAAGCAACACAAGUCACAUUGAAACCAUUUCAACUCUCAAUUUGAGGAUUUAUGAAUUGGAGCAGCAGUUGAAACAACUACAGGAGAAAAUACUGGAACUAGAAAGACAAUCACCAAAAUGGAGUGCCGGCCGUUGUGGCGGAAAACGUCGCAGAAGAAGAUCAAACUCUUUAAAUGAUUCUCUAGAUUUAAAAACUGAGCUAGAAAGAGUAAGAGAAGAACGUGACAAAUUAUCCAAAGACAAAAAAAAACUCAAGAAAGAGCUCCAGGGUUUAGAUAAGGGCUUCUUUGAUGAGGUAGAAGAUCUUAAGUAUGCUCUUCAGCAAUCCGCACAAUUAAAUCAGAAAUAUGAGAAGACUCUUCGCAGCAUGUGUAACAGAUUUGGCGUCCCCUUCCCAUUUGCCUUGAAUCCUCAAAGGACAUCUACACCUAUUUACUGAGCAUUCAACCAGUGUGAAUUCCUUCUGUGCUACAUUUGUACAUCAACAAAUCCUAAAACCAAAUGGCAAGACAUAUCACUUUUAAUAUUAUCCUUUUCACCACCAGUUCCCUCUUUUCAUCACAAAUUCACAAAAUAGUCCUGUUUAUAAUCUGUACUUUCCUUCCAAAUUUUGUAAGUAAAAACUGAAAAUUGGCUCAAAUUUUGUCUGUUUCCUCCAAAACCAGGUUCAUUUCCAGAAAUAUUGAAGAAUAUAGGAAAAAAGUGCAGACAAUUUUAGGCCAGAAAGUCUGGUGCUAAAAAGGGUUAAUUUCUAAGUUCCCAAUUCCGGUUUCUUGUUUUAUAGACAACACACAAAAUGUGCAAUGUUAUAAGCAUAUAAUGCAAUUGUGUUUCAAUCUUUGAACAUUACAUCACAUUUACCCUCUCAC